GCCUCAUCUUCGACAACUCAACCAUGUACGACUCCUAUCGUCCACACCCUCUCCUCGCCCAGGUCCCGCUGACCGUCUCACCCUUCAUCAACCUCCCCACCUCCGUCACAUUACCCUACACAUACAAAUCUGUCCCCUCAUCUCUACCCCCCUCAGUGACAGUCGAUCCAAGCAGCCCUGAUGGUAAGGCUCGCUAUGUGGUCUCUCCAAGCGGUGAGCAUGCAGCUCACCCAGACGACGUCCUCGCCGCGUGCCACUCCCUCGAACAACAUUUGAAUAUGGCUCGCGCCAACGCAGACCAAGCGAUCAACACAUGGAAAGAGUCCAUUAGAGAACGCGAGCUAGCCGAAAAAAGACGCGUCGCUCCUGGAUGGCUCGACCGUGAGGAAAAGCUCCUUCAGCCUAGCCGGACCAGUAUGUCCCCUGACGCACAGGGCGAUGCCCAUCCAAGCCUGCUGGAUAGCUCUUCCCCUGACCAGAGCUCUUCGCAAUUACCGACAAUGGUACCCCAUAACGAUGGAGAGGAGCUGGAUAGAGCGUUCGGUGGUUUAGGUGUGAAAUGAGGAAGGUUGAUCUUGCAAGAGAGUUAGCCCCUCCUUGCUCUUUACAUCACAGGAGUGCUCGGGAAUCAAAUUCUCAAUGGGGCACGGUGGAUCAACCUCUGACAUACGGUCUCUAAAGGAUACACCAUGUUUCGGGUGGACUUCCCAGCGCCGGGCUCUUCUAAGGCCUUGUCAAAGCAGUUUAAUAAUCUUCCGAAUAUGCGGCAUUUCGCUUUGCCGUGGUGGCAGUGGGACUCUGACUGUCAGCGCUAAGAUUAUGUUGGAUGAAUUGGGUGAAUGAGUUCGCAAUCGUUCCUUCGACUGCCCUUGUGGUUUAUACUAUCGAUACAUAGUCACAUGGAGGCAAUUAUUGC